GAGUGGGCGGGUCUCGAAAUAACCACCGGGGCAACCGCCAGGCCCGGGCAACCGCGCGUCCCCGCGCAACCGCCGGCGCCACGCAUCCCGGCGCUACUUAAUUCUGCACCACCGCCACCACCACCGUCUCGAUCGGCCUUCCCCUUCUCCAACGCACGCGAAACCGCCCCCCACCACCCCCAGCGAACGAGUGACCGGCGGAGAGACACCAUGCAGGCGGUGCGCCCGGCGGCGGAGGAGGAGGAGGCCCAUCAGGCCCAGGCGGCGCAGCAGGAGCAGGCGGUGAGGGAGGAGGCCGCCGCCGAGGUGAAGAGGGAGGUGGCGAAGGCGCACGAGGAGGAGGAGGCGCCGGAGGAGAAGGACGUGGCGGUGGUCGGGGAGGAGGCGGAGGCCGAGGGGGAGGCGGAGGCGGAGGCGGAGGGGGAAGGGGAGGCUGGGGUGUCGGCGAAGAAGAACCGCAUCCAGGUGUCCACCAACAAGAAGCCGCUCUAUUUCUACGUCAAUCUCGCCAAGAGGUACAUGCAGAAUUACGACGAGGUUGAACUCUCUGCUCUGGGCAUGGCCAUUGGCACCGUUGUGACCGUCGCCGAGAUCCUCAAGAACAACGGCCUCGCCACUGAAAAGAAGAUCCUGACAUCAACCAUCGGCACCAAAGACGAGUCAAAGGGUCGGCUUGUCCGUAAAGCCAAGAUCGAGAUCCUGCUUUGCAAAUCGGAGAACUUCAACAGCAUCAUGUCCAGCAAGAAGUCGGACCGCCCGAAAUCCGCCGAGGAAGAGAUCAAGGUGUGAUCUGAUCGAUCAACUUCAUUCUCCAGGCCUCCUCCCGUUCCUUUCCACAGGUUGGCGAGUGACGACAACAUGGAUGGAUGGAUGGAUGGAUAUGGGGCACCAGCGGUCUGAUUACGUACCAAGUACUAGUAAUUAGGGUCUUAGUCCUUAUUGUUGAGAUGGAUCAGAUCUUGUGAGUUUUGCAAGAUGUGUCAACGGCGUCCGUUUGAGAUGAUGUAGGAUUUGAUCAGAGGCUGGAAGUGUUAUUCCUUAUGUCUCCUUAAUUACCAGUUUGUGUGUGCCUUUCACUUAUGUAAGCAAAGGCUAAGGUUUAUGUAAGUUGUGCUGGCGAAUUUCAUUAAUUUUUCAGGAGGAGAACCGUUAUUUAUUCA